GCGGAGGGUUUCCUGUGCCGGUAGUCAUCAUGGAUGACUAUCCCAUCCAGGGCCUGUUGGCCCUUUCUGUCUUGCUGGGGCCGCUGCUCCGGCUUAUGUUCCCACUGGGGUUCGGGCGUGUGUGCACGUCCCGCAUGCUGAUGCGGUCCGGAACAGUAAAGCCAGGCCCCACACCUGCGGAGCAGGCAGAGAUCGACCGCAAGAUGGCAGAAAAGAAAAGGAGAGAAGCAAAGAAAAAGCAGAAAGAAGAAGAAGCAAGAAAGAAAAUGAAAGAGAAAAUGGACAGGGAACUAGAAGAAGAGUUGAAGAGUAUAGAAGAAGAAGAAGAAGAAGAACAAGAAGAAGGAGAAGUGUUGGAAAGACGUCGUCGCCAAGACAUACCUGAAAGUAGCACAACGACCCGCCUUCCGGUUGAACCAUUGGACUGGGGUAGCCGGUAUUACUACUCCAGCGAGCCACUAAAGGAAACUGAUGAAGAACGGGAUACGUUCAUCGCCAAGUUGGCCACUAUUAAAGACACCGUUGAACGAAACCUGAUGAUGGAGGAGAAACGGGCUGAGCUAAAUCGCAGGCUGUUGGCCGCUAGACGGCAAGAGGUGGAAGAAAAGAAAAGAUUGCAGGCAGAAGGGGAUAAAUUGCAGAAAGCUCUAGAAGCGCAAAAGGAAAACCCCUCUGCAACUGAAGCACAGCUUGCACUCCUCAGGGAGGCCGUCCUCAACACGAGGCAAGACGUGGACUUAAUGCGGCAGACCCUGCAACGUGUAGAAACACAUCGGGUUGAAUUUGAGAAUGUUUGGAAUAACUUCGUAGAAAAGUCAGCAAAGGACGUUGACCAAUAUGUGCAAACUUACAUCCAGGCUUUGGACGAACACAUUAAUAAAGUCUUCACCCCGGAGGUCGUAGAGAAGAUUGUAAAGGGAGCUGGAGGCGAUGGGGGAGAUGGAGAUGGCGACGGCGAUGAUGACAAGAAAGGAAAAAAGAAGAUUGAGGAUCAAAAGGGUCAGCCUUCCCAGGAACUCAGCCAGACUAACAAGAUUAAGCUUAAACUGCCCUGGACCUACAAUGGAAAGAAAGAAGAGAGUGUGUUGCACUGGGCGGCGGCAAUUGAAACCUAUGUGUAUGGACAGUGCAUCCCAUAUUGGGACAGGGUAUUGGUGGCAACCUCGCGCAUGGGAGGCGACGCCAUGAGCUUUGCCAUCUCGCUGCAAAAGGAAGCGGGAUGCAACUCCAUGGUAGAGUAUUCGCAACAAACGCGAAUUGAAGAUUUUCUUAAGUUAAUUAGAGACAGAUUUGAGGACAAGAACUUGGCAAGACGCACGGAAAUGUUAAUCCUUAGCCUUCCUGACAGGAAAUGGAAGAGUACCUCUGCACUAAAAGCAACCAUGGACGAACUAUUGCAAUGCCCUGAUCACGGAUUGACGUCGGCCCAAAUCUUAAACAGUUUUGCACGCGAACUCCCGGAUCCUCUAAGAACACAACUUUAUCCCCGUACCAAGGAAGAGGGGAUGACAUAUGAGAAGUUCGGCAAGAUCGCCAUAGAUCAUGCCAGCUUCCUCGCUGAAGCGAAUUAUUGCCAUUACUGGAAAGAUCUGCAAGCGGGUAAGAGAUGGCAAAACCGCACCAUCUCAGGAUCUAUACUUGGGAAAGAUAGUCUUCUUCUAACCUUUGAAGAAGGAGGCGCCGAGACCAUCUCCUGGGAUCAGGUUGACUAUGGUCUCGAUGAACCCAACAGACCGGUAGCUCAGGAGGGGAGUUACGUGGCUGUUGCAACCCGCGAGGGAGGGCGUCAAGGAAGAGGACGUGGCCGAGGACGAGGUCGCGGUCGUGGUGGACGAGGAUUCGGCACCCAGAGGGGUGGUGGUGAAGGAAGCCACUACGUGGGAGGAAGGGGAAAUGGUCCCUCAUACGGUGGCCGUGGUUCUUACUCCACCUGGGGUAGAGGAAGAGGCUCAUGGUACAACAAAUGGGACAAGCCAUACCCACCACAUCCAGGCCUACCCGAAGGAGAGCCUUGGAAAGAGUUGGGUAUCACAGAAAAAGUUUGGGCCGAAAGGAAGAAGGCAGACCAAUGCCUCAAAUGUGGGGACCCCGACCACAUUGUCCCCUAUUGCCCUGACUAUAGGGGGGCAAAAGAUAACAGCCAGUAGAGGUGUCAGUUGCCUCUACGGGGGCUUCGAAUGUUGAAAAAUCAGAAUCCUUCCAUUCGAAGGCCCCAAUGGCAGAAACUGAAGAGGAAGGAAGUCCCCAUCUAGUACACUGUCCAGAGGUGGCAAACGUAUGCAUCUCUCUAGAUGGAUCCCUCGCUGGCGUGGGUGAUGAGUUGGCCGCUCGUCGCCAAGCCUGGACUGAAAUGAAACGGAAGAAAGGACAGCUAAUAAUUGCAGAUCUAGAGAUAAAUCGAGUUAGAGUAG